AUGGCCCGCGCAGACUCCCCCGACGCGGAAGACACGCACAAGCAACAAGAACAACAUUCUAUACAGGAUUUUGAGCUUCCCAAGACGCUCGUUACCCGGAUUGCGAAAGCUGCUCUGCCGGAUAACAUCAAGUUGCAAAAAGAGGCCGUCACAGCACUCGUCAUGUCCACAACAGUGUUCAUAAACUAUCUCGCCGCCACCGCUCAGGACGUGACAUGGUCCCGGUCGGCGAAGACGAUCACGGCGCAGGACGUGCUCAAAGCGCUCGAGAUUAUCGAGUUUGACGACCAGGUCGAGCCAAUGAAACGCGAGCUAGAGGGUGUGUCUUCUUCCUUCUUCCUGUUAUGUAACGCUAAGUACGGGGUAGUGUGGAAGACGGUGCAGGACCCAAAGGGAAAGUCGAAAAAACGCGGUGCUGGGGAGGAAGAGCAGAAGGGGAAGAGGAAGAAGGCUGCUGAGGCCGUGGAGGAGAAAGGGGAGGAAGAGGAGGAGGAAGCUGAUGAGGAAGAACAUGAGGAGGAGCCGGAGGAGAACGAGGAGGUGGAUGAGCUGGAUGGGGAGGGCGACGAGUUGAUAAUAGAGGGUAACGCGCUGGGAGGCGAGCUUGGGGCUGGAGGGCAACCGGGUGAAGAUGAGGAGAUGGAGGAGCAUGAGCCUCCAGAGGAUGUGAGCAUGGAUGUGGAUGUACGGGGAUCGCAAAAGGAUGGAGAGGAGGACUAG